ACAGACGUGGAAGCACGUUGUGGAUUUCUUGUGAAGUUGUCAACAUCAUGGGAAAACUAAAUGUCACUGUGCUCCGUUACUUAUCGAAGGAAGACUUCAGAGUUCUAACUUCGGUUGAAAUGGGAAUGAAAAACCAUGAGUUGGUUCCUUCUCCUCUUGUGGCGUCUAUAGCACAUCUUCAUGGAGGAGGGUGUCACAAAGUUCUGAGAGAGCUCAACAAACACAGACUUGUGGCCUAUGAGCGCAGUGGAAAAAGAUUCGAGGGAUAUAGGCUCACUGUGUCUGGUUAUGACUACCUCGCACUGAAAGCUCUAGCCAGUCGAGAUGUGAUCUACUCACUAGGAAACCAGAUAGGAGUGGGUAAAGAGUCAGAUAUUUACAUAAUAGCAGAUGCAGAGGAUCAUCAAUAUGCAUUGAAACUUCACAGAUUAGGGAGAACAUCGUUUAGACAGCUUAAAAACAAGAGAGACUACCAUAAACACAGGAACAAUGUGUCCUGGUUGUAUCUGUCCCGUCUGGCUGCAAUGAAGGAGUAUGCUUAUAUGAAGGCACUCUAUGAUAGAAAGUUCCCUGUUCCUAAACCAGUGGACUUUAACAGACAUGCAGUUGUUAUGGAACUCCUCAGUGGUUACCCUAUGUGCAAUGUGAAGAGUGUGGCUGAUCCAUCGCAGGUCUACCACGACUGUAUGGAGUUGAUAGUGAGGCUUGGAAACUGUGGAGUGAUCCACGGCGACUUCAACGAGUUCAAUCUGAUGAUCGAUGACGAGGGGAACGUAACCAUGAUCGACUUUCCUCAGAUGGUCUCCACAUCUCACUAUAACGCUGAAUGGUAUUUCGACAGAGAUGUUACAUGUAUAAGGGACUUUUUUGCCAGAAGAUUCAACUAUGAAAGUGAACUUUAUCCAAAGUUUUCUGACCUAAGAAGGGACGAUGACUUGGAUGUGGAAGUUUCAGCUAGUGGGUUUACAAAAGAAAUGGCUGACACUUUCGAUGAAGCUGCUGAAGAAUUUAACAUCAGAGGUGGUCCUGGAAAUCCCAAAACUGAUGAACCUGAAGAGGAACCCAAUGAAGAGACUGAGGAUGAGGAGGAUGAGGAUAAUGAUAGUGUUGAGGAAGGAAAGGAGGAAGAGUCUGUAGAGGUGACUCCAUCUCCUCCUCCAGUGGAGGACAGACUGAGUCCUCCAUUAAAUGAAACAUCAACAGAGAAUGAAAAACAGAGAGAUUUAGCCACUGGACUAGACAGGGCUGUUGAAGCAAGUAAUACUGUGAGUGAAAAGGAUGAGGGCAGUGAUGGUAGUGAGGAAGAUUUGGAGGAUCUCCAUAACCAAAAUAGAACUCUAAGGCCAUUCAGAAACGAGGAGAGUCUUGCACACACAAACUUACACAGGAGGAAGCAUUUGGACAGUACAAGCCUUAGUGUGACCAGUACAACAUCUAGUAUGGAUCCCAGACUUAUUAAGGAAAAAGUGAAGCGACAAAUGAAGAAGAAGGCUGCAGUCCAGGAAUCUAGGAGGAUACGAAAAAGUGGAGAGUCUGCUAUCAUCACCAAGAAAAAGAGGGAAAUAUCUCAGGAUAUAAAGCAAAGUGUUGAUUCUGACUGGUUUUAGUUUGAAAAAAUUGUUACCUUAUACAAGUUGAUCAUUAUAAAAGCAAGCUGAAAAUAAAGUUCAAGAUUUUUUGAAAUUAAGAUGUUUCAAAAAGGGUUCAAUUUCUAGAAGGAAAGAUGUUUUAAAAAAUCUUAAGAGUAUAGAGGAUAUAUUUAUGAAAUUGCAUGGUGUCCAGUUUAAUUCUUCAUUAUGCAUACCUCAGUAUAGAAUGUUAAUAACAAUGUUAUUUUGUGAUAUAAAUUUUUUCUCUGUU